AUGGGAAUGAGAGUCUUGAAGCCUGUGGAAACGGUCUUCUCCACUAUACAUGUUGAGCUCCCUGAUCCAGAUGACACCAAAGCAUGGUGGAAGGGGUCACUGGGAGACAUCAGCACUGGGAGCCCUCAGCAAAGCAGUGGAAUCAGCACUGGCUCCUCUUGUCUCAGUUAUGCUAACACAGAACCUGCUGACAUUAUAGCCGUUGUUCAGGAUGCCCUUGGUAAAGCCUUUCCCAAUAUAAGCCCAAUAUCGCCUAUGAAGACCAUCCCUAUUCCAGAACCAAACAAAGACAGUGGUUUAUUCUCGGCUCCCUACAACUUUUGUGGUGUCAGAGCCGAUGACAUGAGCUCUGGAUCAUCUAUAUUUGAAAAUAAAACCUAUUCCAUCCUCAUUCCCAGCUUCCUACAGCAGAUUACGACAGACAGCUCUGAAGUCCAGACGCAAGCUAAAAUGCCUUGUGACUCUGGAUACCAUCCUAGUGAGGGUGACAUUGUGAUCAGUGCGGACCAAAAGGUACCAGCUUGCCCGCUUGUUUCUUUAUCACCAGCAGUUUCAGCUCUUAUGCCAACAGACAUGUCCUAUCAGCAGUGCAAUGCAGACUCUGGGAGAUUUUCAUAUGCAGAAGACUCCAGUUUGUCCUCCAUCUCCAGUGGCACCAACACAAUUGCGUCAUGUGACCCUGUGUCCAGAGUUGAGACUGGGUGUGAGAGCUCUGAUGAGGCGGUUGGUGAUGCCGCAAAGCUAAAUGGAAAAACUGAUGAAAAUCCCUGCUACGGCUGUGUGCCAGCAGGCUCACACAGGUUUCCCCCAGUGGAAGACGACUACCAGUCAUUUCAAAAUCUUGUGGACCAGACUGAUAUUUUGUUUCCAGAGAAGAGAGGUGGUGAAGAAGAGGAACAUUUGAGCAAAUAUCCAGAGCAAUCCUUCGCCAAGAUGCCUCAAAGCUUCUUUAGCCCAGUGGUUCCAAGUUUCAUCAAUAACGUCCAGGCAGGCCAGUGUCUGUCUGAGCUCCAAACACCUUUUAUCUCUUUGAUCUCUGCCGACCAGUCUAUGCCAGUGAUCACAGACGGCGGCUAUCAGAGUGUGUAGCACUGAAAUUUUAAUGCAUUCACUGUUUUGUGUGAGUGCUUCUUUAAAUUGUAAACAUUGUUGGGAAAAGUCGAAAAUGAGAGGGAGGAAAGGAAAGAUAGAACAGACUGAAUGGUGUUCAAAUCAGUAACACUCUUAACUCAAGGUCCAUAGUUGUUCCUAAACAAUCAUUCAAUCAUACCACAUGAUAUUUAUCAAUAGAUGUUUGUUUUUAUGGAAUUUUAUUUCAAUGAUAUUGCCCGUGCAAGUCACAGUGAAGAUCGUGUGAUAUGAUCAAAUUCAGUUGGUGUUUUGACAUGUGAUAUGACUGUUUUAAAGAAUGUUGUAGAUAUCACAUCUUUGAACCUUAAGAACAUAUAAUAUUUGUUUGAGCUUUAAGUACUUUGCAACUGUAUAUGGCUGCCUUUGAUGUAAACUAUCCAUACCGUUUUGUACAACAUUCAUGUAAAGCUUUUGUGAAAAACAGAAUGCACUUGUUUUAAAUGUGUUAAGAAAAUGCUCAGCUUAUCUAUCUCACAUGUCAUAUUCAACUAUAUUCAACAUUUUUCAUCACAUUUAAAUCGACAUAGCUCGAUUGUGUGUUGUAUAAAGCUGUGAGGAAGACUGCCUGAAACGUGUCUAACCGUGUAGUUUAGUUUAUCAUUUUUAUUAUUAUUAUAAUUAUAUAUUAUGUAUUCACUUUUUAGUAUUAGUAAGGCUAAUAAGUGGUAAGUGAAAUAUUAGUUAACAGACGAACAAUCUCUGAGCUACAUUUGACUAGGGAAGUUAUCUUUUAUCACAAAAUUUGCAUGUGUACUUCAAUACUUUUAAUCUCGUCUUUCAAGGAAAAAUACAUCAUAGCUAACAAAAAAAUCUUUGUCUGAAACAAGCUACAAAAAUGAUCAGUCAUGCGGCGCAGUUGUUAUUCUGGGUUGUGAAACGACUUCCUUAUUUUUCUUCUCUGGAACUGGUGAGCCACUUCUAAAGAAACACGUCACCCUCAAACAGUAUUGCAGCAAACACAAACGGCACUUCUACAGAAACACACUUGGAGAGUGUUGGAGCAGAGACGUGUAACUCAAAGGAAUUAAUAUUAUAAUUAAUAUUAAUAUAAUAUAUAAGAAGUAAAACAAAUAUAUACUAAUACAAACAGUUAUACAAAUGACUAGUAAGGUACAUUUCUUUGGUUCUGAAUAGUUUAAAUGAGUUGUACAUUUUGUGACUGGAUUAUCCUGAGUUUUGUUUGUUUCAAAGAGAUGUUGCUGCUGAGUUUUCAAUGUUUCAAAUAUACAACAAGCAGUUGUAUUGUUGUGAGGACAUUUUUGAUGUCCCAGCAGAGAACAUUAAACCUAGAUGGUGUGA